CACUUUGAUCGCAUGUCAUCAGGUGUCGAGGACCUUAGCAAACACCACCCGCCCACAUCUGUUCCGCGAAAUUCACCUAUCGCUGGAGCCGAAACGCUGGGAAAGCUUUCAUGACCUCGCAGCCGAGUCAAGUAUAUGCGGGCAUGUGCAAGAACUUGUCCUCCACCCAAGGUUGCUGCCUGUCUUUCCGUCUAAAGAGUCGUGGCUGUCAUGUGUAGACGUCAGACCGUUUCGAGGACAGUUUUACUUUAACAUGCUCGAUGCUGAGAGGCGGCGAACAUGGAUGAAAGAACGAUCGAGAGAAGACCAGUGGCUCCGCGAGGCAUACGACACCAUGACGCGUUGGCCAGAAAAUGUGCACGAUGUGUACCAAGGCUACCGUUCUGCUGUGCAACGUCAGUCACAACUCGUGGAAAAUGAAUCGCUCGCUUCGUCGUUUUGUGACCUGUUGCGACGCUUUCCUCGGUUGCAUACUCUGCGGGAGGCACCGUGGUACGAAGGUUGGUUUGAUCCACCUCAUGUUCGAAGUGAUGGCACUUUAGACGAGAUAUCGUGGUACGUGGACAUGUUGAAACCCAAGGAUGAUAUUCUAUUCAAAAGCGAGGAUUUAGAGGAGGAAUGGGAUGGCGUUCAUGUGUUCCGCAGUUCAAUCCUCAAGGCCCGAACGCUUGCCUCGCAGCUAUUCUUCGCGGCAGCAUCCACCAUUGCUUCAAGUGGCACCGGAAAAGCUCUUUCCCUUCGAAAGAUCAGCGUCACCAUAACUUUGGAUGGGUGGUACACGCUGGCUGCCGAGAACAGCACUGAUGAAGAUAGUGUAAAAUAUAGGGCUAUCAUGCGCACGCUGCUCCGAGAUAUAGAGACAUCCAAUAUCUCAGGUCUCAAGGAACUACGUUUAGUAGUCGCCAGCCGAGUUUCAGAAGAUGAAUUGAAGCAAUUGUUGGCACGGCUGAGAAAUCUAUUGGACUCUGGAGCGUCGCUCACUGACCUAACACUACGCAUUCAAACUAGCCUAACGGAUGACUUUGAUAUGCUCGUCGAUUUCGGCCAGGCUCGCAUGCCUUGUCUCAAGAGCUUGGAAUUGAUUGGCGCAACCACGACCGAUCAAAGCCUAUGGACUCUGCUUCGCAACCACGCGACAACCUUAAGAUCUUUGUCCUUUCGUGAAGUCUUUUUUGCGUUCAGUUGUUGUACUUGGAGCAGAUUCCUCCUAGCUGUUCCGAAAUACCUAUCGUUAGAUCACUUUGAUGCCGACUGCAUUGUCGACAGCGGAGAUCCGUACCACAGGCAAGGUUGGAUUGGGCCCCACAGUACGUCGCUACCUGGAUUGAAAGAAUAUAUUUGUAGUAAUGGGCCUUGGCUUGGCCUGCUAAGCUUGAUGGACGAGGCGGGGUGCGAAUCCGACAACGAUGCCGAGCAGGCUGAUUCUGGAUGGGACUGGAGUGAACGUCCAACCGCUAUAUGAACAAGCGAGACAGAACAUCUUCUUACGAGAACAGAGAUACGGGAUAAUUUUUAAUGGUCAUUGAGGUGGGCUAGCGGAUAUUGGUAAAUUAGGUUUUGCAACGUCACGUCAUUCCAUUCUGCUGGCAUGGUGCAGUUUCUUGAGCGUGUCUCUUCUAUCCUAUCGAGAUGUUGCCACAGAACUAGGCGAUCUUUUUUCUGGCACAUGGACAUUCUGCGCAGCGUCCCUCACAGGUGUUUGUGGGGUUGCUACGCUUCCUGGCCAGCUACACUCGCAGGUAUUCUACUAAUCAUUCCAGAAUCAACAUCAUC